AUGUCCUGGCGGACUUCUUCCGGCCUUGCUCGCCUAAGCUCCUGGCGUUGGCCGCAGCAUCGCGCCGGUCGCCCCCAGAAGCGCGCUCUAUACCGCUGGGUUCUCGCAAUCCUCGCGGCCCUGGGCGGGCUCAUUCUGUUAUAUCUUUUCGUGGUCCCGCAGAUCCUCCGCUUUCGCUUUCGGACGGAUCUGAGCUGGUACGAUCUGGGGGUUCACGGGUUUGGUCCGUCCCAAAGCUACGCCUCGUUUGAUGAAGACUCGCCGGUCGUCCAGAUCUCACCUCCAGGCGCACAAUGUGAUGGCCGGUAUACGUUCAUGGCGCCCCGAGGCGAUUCCGUCGCGUACCCGGGCCCGAUGAUCUUGGAUGCUCGGGGAGAAUUGGUGUGGACCAGACAUCAAUGGGGGACCACUCAGGACUUUCGGGUCCAACGGUAUCGAGGCGAGGACUUUUUGACAUAUUGGCAAGGAGACGAAGAGGAUGCUCAUGGUCGUGGUUCAUGGUAUAUGCUGGACUCGACCUACACACAACGAUACGUCGUGUCUCCUGUCGGUAACUUGGACGGUGACUUGCACGAGUUCCAAAUCACGCCGGACGGGACUGCUCUGAUCAUCAUCUACGAACCGAUUCCGGCCGACCUGACCUCCGUUGGAGGACCCGAGCUCGGGUGGCUCUACGACGGAAUCCUUCAGGAACUUGACAUUGCAACCGGAGAGCUACUCUUUGAGUGGCGUUCAUCCAGUUUCUUCCCGCCAAACAGCAGCUACGAGCCACUCGGAGACCGCGGGCACGAACACACGGCUGGCUACGACUAUAUCCACUUCAACAGCGUAGACAAAGAUGACCAGGGCCGCUACCUGGUUUCGGGUCGGCAUACCCAUUCCAUUACCUGCAUCGAUGGAAACACAGGAGACGUUCUUUGGAACCUCGGUGGGAGACAAAAUGAAUUCUCUGAUGCAUCCCAAGACGCGAAAGUCGAAUUCCACUGGCAACAUGACGCUCGCUGGCGAGGUCCCAACACGAUAUCUCUGUUUGACAAUGAGGUUAAGGACGACUCUGACCCGACUCCAGUCAGUCGUGGCAUGAUGAUUGAGGUCGAUGCCCCAGCACGGCAAGUCCAGUUGCUCAGGACAUACGACCACCCGCAGGCCUUGAUGACGCCGUCGCAAGGCAACCUUCAGGUACUGGAUACUGGGAAUGUGCUUGUCGGAUGGGGUCACAGCGCCGCCUACACCGAGUUUACCAGCACGGGAGAUGUUGUCUGUGACGUUCACUUCGGUGCAUCGGCAUUCUUCUCCUUUGGCCGCAUCGUCUCCUACCGGGUGACCAAGAGCGACUGGGUUGGCAUGCCAAAUACCAUCCCAGACGUUGCGGUUGCCGGCGACAGCGUCUUUGUGAGCUGGAACGGUGCGACGGAGGUGGCCACCUGGCGUCUUGAAGCAUGGGAUGGCCUGGAUCUAUCCAAUAUGACAUUCCAAACCGCUAACCAAGUCCCUCGCACCACCUUUGAGACCGAGAUCCCCCUGGUGACCCCAGAACUCGACACAUACUUGCGCGUGUGCGCUGUCAAUAGCAACGGCGAAGUGAUUGGCAUGACGGAUGUGGUUUCACGCGCCUCGGCCAAACCGCGCGGGAUCUUCGCCUCAGUUCGGAACUGGGGCGCGGUUCUAAUCGGCAUCUUCGCGCUGUGUUGUCUUCUCUUUGGUGUCUACUGCGCCGUCUCCCGCCGUCUGCGACGCCGUCUAUCCAACUCUGGCGGCUCUUAUCAGCCUGUCAGGCCGCAGGACGACGACGACAGUGAAUCUGAGCUUGAUCGACUCCCAAUAUAG